AAUUGGCCAGCUUCCGUGGGAUUUGAUGUCACCUUUAGAUUGGUUCAACUGAAGAUGGAAACACUGGAGUCUGAGCUGACCUGCCCGAUCUGCCUGGAGUUGUUUGAAGAUCCCCUGCUCUUGCCCUGUGCCCACAGCCUGUGCUUUAACUGUGCUCACCGCAUCCUGGUGUCUCACUGCUCCACCAGCAAGCCCCUUGAAUCCAUCUCGGCCUUUCAGUGCCCCACGUGUCGUUACGUCAUCACGCUGAAUCACCGCGGCCUGGAGGGCCUUAAGCGCAAUGUGACGCUGCAGAACAUCAUUGACCGCUUUCAAAAGGCCUCCCUUAGCGGCCCCAAUUCCCCCACUGAGAGCCGUCGUCUGCAGCCGCAGCGGCCCUACACCGCCACCAUUAGCGGUACAAUAGCUGGAACGAUUGGCGGCAGUGGUGGCACAAGUGGAGGCAGUGCCCGUGGCAGCCCAGCCACCUCCAGCCACUCCCACUCGCACGCCAACCACGCCAACCACGCCAAUCACGCCAAUCACACCAACCACACCAACGCUAACCACAGCCCAGCUGUUGUUGCUAAGAUGGAUCCGCGAAUCAGCUGCCAGUUCUGCGAGCAGGAUCCGCCACGCGAGGCUGUAAAGACGUGUGUCACAUGCGAGGUAUCUUACUGUGACCGCUGCUUGCGUGCAACACAUCCGAACAAGAAGCCCUUCACCAGCCACCGUCUGGUGGAGCCCGUCCCAGACACUCACAUCCGUGGCCUGACCUGCCUGGAGCAUGAGAACGAGAAGGUCAACAUGUACUGCUUGGUGGACGACCAGCUCAUUUGUGCCCUCUGCAAGCUGGUGGGACGCCACAGAGAGCACCAGGUGUCCUCACUCACAGAGCGCUUUGACAAACUCAAGGCUUAUCAGGUGAGCCCGGGCAGAGUGUCAGAUGCGGUAAUGGAGGCUUCAAAGACAAGCGCUGCGCAAACUCUGGAGAACAACCUGACCAACCUGGUGAAGAGGAACAGUGAACUGGAGAACCAAAUGGCCAAGCUCAUCCAGAUCUGUCAGCAGGUUGAGGUGAACACAGCCAUGCAUGAAGCUAAGCUGGUGGAGGAGUGUGAUGAGCUGGUGGAGAUCAUCCGCCAGAGAAAACAGGUCAUCGCUGUGAAGAUCAAAGAGUCCAAGGUGAUGAAACUGCGCAAGUUGGCUCAGCAGAUUGCAAACUGCCGCCAGUGUCUGGAGCGCUCCAGUGCCCUCAUCACACAGGCUGAACAGAGCUUGAAGGAGAACGACCACGCCCGCUUCCUCCAGACUGCCAGAAAUGUAGCAGAAAGGGUUGCCAUGGCGACAGCCUCCUCCCAGGUACUCAUCCCUGACGUCAACUUGAAUGAGGCGUUCGACAACUUUGCUCUUGACUUCUCACGAGAGAAGAAGAUUCUGGAAGGACUAGAUUACCUAACAGCUCCUAACCCGCCAUCCAUAAGAGACGAGCUGUGCACCGCCUCCCACGACACCAUCACUGUUCACUGGACGUCAGAGGACGAGUUCAGCGUCACCUCCUAUGAGCUGCAGUACACUAUCUACACUGGACAGACUAAUUUCAUCAGUUUGUACAACUCUGCAGACAGCUGGAUGAUCGUACCUAACAUCAAGCAGAACCACUACACGGUGCACGGCUUGCAGAGUGGCACCCGUUACAUCUUCUUUGUCAAGGCUAUCAACCAGGCAGGAAGCCGCAACAGUGAGCCGGCCCGCCUCAAAACCAACAGUCAACCGUUCAAGUUGGACCCAAAAACAGCCCACAAGAAGCUACGUCUGUCCAAUGACUGUCUGACCAUGGAGAAGGACGAGAGCUCGCUGAAGAAGAGCCACACCCCCGAGCGUUUCAGCGGCACAGGCUCCUAUGGAGCUGCUGGUAAUGUCUUUAUUGACAGCGGGUGCCACUACUGGGAGGUGCUACUGGGAGCAUCCACGUGGUAUGCCAUCGGCGUGGCUUACAAAUCAGCCCCAAAAAACGAAUGGAGCGGCAAGAACUCAUCCUCAUGGGUGUUCUCACGCUGCAACAACAACUUUAUGGUGCGCCACGAUGGUAAAGAGAUGCUGGUGGAGGCGAGCCUGCAGCUGAGGCGGCUGGGCGUCCUGCUGGACUACGACAACAACUCACUGUCCUUUUAUGAUGCCAUGAAUUCCCAGCACAUUCACACCUUUGAAGUCUCCUUCCUCCUGCCUGUUGUACCCACUUUCAUGAUCUGGAACAAGUCAGUUAUGAUACUCUCAGGGCUACCUGUCCCCGAUUUUGUCGAUGGUGUGGCUUCAGAUCUUCAAGAGCAGCAACAGCAGCAAAUGGGCCUGUGCCGACAAGAAUCACCAUACUUGACCGGGAUGAAGACCUGCCACUGACUGGUCCGGCGACUGAAAGGUCGAUUGGGAGCUGAAAAAUGAUGGCAGUGUGACUGAGCUCUUCUCCAGUCAUCAUGAGUGAACUGGUUACUUUCUUAUGGAUUUAGAAAGUGUUGGAAAUAUGCACACCAGUCUGGAAAAAUGUCAGUCCUGUUAGUUUAUAGCCAUCCAAUGUUUUUGCAAAUUCAUCAGUGAAUGGGAACAAGGUCUCCUGACCACAAACAUCAGUAAAAUUCAUGCAACGCCCUGGAGUCACUGACAGAGAGCUUUGGUUAGUCAUUAGGCAGGACUGGACUCCUGGUUUUCAGGACCAUUUAAGGUCUUCCUUUUUCUUUUGUUUCCUCUUGAUUUGACCCUAGGCAGAAGACCAAGGUGAAAAUCCUCAUGUCAGCCAUUUAAAGUUUCAAGAUGCAACACAUGAACAGUGAGAUGGAUUUUUAAAAGAUUUUAACAAGAAAAAAAUACAUGACAUAAUGUAAAGGAAUCAAGACAUCAAAAAUAACUGGAGUAUAGUUUAAAUUGAUUGUAAUUGACCACAUUUUUUUUUACAUUAAACUUAAGUGAUAUGUGAAGUAAUAAGAUUUGACACAUUUUAAAUUGGACCAAUUUUAUGUCUUUAGUUAAAUGAGAUGAUCAGUACCAUUCUCAUGUCUGCACACUACAUGAAGCUAGCACCAGCAGCCAGAUAAGCUUAAUGCAUUACGACUGAAGACUUUAUCCCUCUCGUUUCAGCAUGUAAACCUCCACAAAGUGUCAAAUCUACAUUUCUGCUUUAUCAUGGAUUAACCAAGCAAAGUAUUAUGUGUAAAUUGGUGAGCCUUUGAAAUGCUGCAAGUAGCAGGAUAGGCUAGUGCUGGCCAAAAAUGAACAAACAAAUCUUUUCUACUGGUGUCUUUGUGUACCAGGUGUACACUAGCACGUGCAGCCUCCAGGAGAUAGCCAUAUACUUGCAUUGACAACAUGACAAAAGAUUUCAGCUUUGAUGUAAAAAAAAAAAAAAAAGGCAUAUAUGGAAGGUAUUCACAACCUCAAAUACUCCAGUAAAGUAUGACUAAGAUUAGCUUGCAACAAGGUGGUAUCUGACUGAUGUAUUUUCCGCUCAGGGUGUGGUGUAGCUUGGUAGGUUUUUGUGUAUUUACUGUAAACAAUACAUGAAACAGAGUUACCACAGGAAGUAAAACUAAGUCUUGAUUUCCUAAGUUGUGCAGCUGGCAGCGUAGUCUUUAAGGAGCAUAAUGAUGCAUAUCGCUUUGACUUAAUACUUGCAUGUCAUGCUAGACCUGCACUCUCAAAACUCAAAAUACUUGAUAUAUUUAGAGCUCCAGAUUCCGGCGCACCGACGCAACGCAACACUCAAUGGCCCAAUGUUCAGACACAAGAGUGGUAUCGAUUUUGUCAUAUAACUAAGAUUUAAUUCUUUCAAAUGUAGAUGUAUCGUCUUUGAGCCUACUUUGCUAGACGUUGGCAUCUUGCUAAUUCAGCUGGAUGCUCAACGUGGACUUUCUGAGCUGCGUUACAAGGAGGUGCAUUCCAAAUAUACUGUUGUCACCAUUCACGUGUUGUAUCCUUAGUGGCUGUCACAGUGGGCGUUGCUAAAGUCUUUUUCCUUGAUCUUCCUCCUAGGUUUGAACCCAUCAGUCCCGUUUGCAUUGGUGGGUGCCAGCUUCCGAGUUUCGGGAAGUGUUAACGUUGCUCCCAGAUACUGUAUGAACAAGAUCACAGGGGGUAGAUCUGCAUCAUGUGACUACUCAACUUGUAUAAUAAGAGGUUUAUUGAAUUCUAGAGGAAAAGAAAUUGUUAUUUAUGACAAAGAAGAUCGAUUACUUUUAUUAUUAAUCACAACAUAUACAUGAUGCACUUUUUAAUUAACACUAUUUCCCCUCUGUGAGUAUUAAAAUAGAUGGAGCUGAGUGGCAGGCUUGUACUGGGGAGGGUAAGUGACAAUUCGCACUGCUGCUGGUUGUGUUAACUCACCCUUUUUUUUCCCCCUGCACAUCUUUACAAAAGAAUUUAUAAUCAGGAACUAAUGCUGCUUGUCAUAUUAACUGGAAUGAAAUUUAUCGCAGUAAAACAUGGUUAAAACACCUUAUCUGGUCACUCAAAGCUCUUUGCAAUACAAAAUAAGUCCCUGCUGUAAAGUCUAAAGUGUUAUUUUAACUGUGCUUUGAACACAACCAGCGACUUUCCCUCCCCAUCACUCUUUUCAAAAGCAUAUGAUCAAAUAAUCGUGUUUAGAAAAGGGAUGUGAUUAUGAUGAUGUUUAUGGGAUUUUUUUUUUUAAUCACAAUGUUAUGAAGAUGAUGAACUAAUAGCUGUUUUAAGAAGUUAGCUCUGUUGUUGACUUUUUCAGGGAAGGAGGGAGUUAACACUUAACUUUGCUGUCUGUCACGACGUCAUGGCAUGAUUGUGUUUUUCCUCUGUGAUUUAUUAACACACACACGCGCGCACAUACACACCCACACACCCACACAUGCCAUGUUCCGUUUAGGUCGGCCUUGUCGUGGUAAAUGCAUGAUACAUCGUAGGAUCCCACGGUUCACUGGGUAGUUAAAGUAACUCUUUCAAGUUUGUUCGCUGAAUCUUGUUUUUCUCCAUCACGCUUCCAAACAUUUGCUUACAACAGACUUGACCUCAAACUCUUUUUAUCCUCCGUCACUUUUCAAGUAGCUGGAGCCAUUCUUUGCUUUUUUGUUUGGGUUUGAAGGCCUCAUGUGGGCAACAGCGGUUUGAUAUUCAGGUAGUGGCACUGAUUCAGACAAUCAAAUAUGUGUGUGAUAGGUUGUGCAGAUUUAAGAGGUUGUAUCGCAGGAAAAGUGCAGAGAGAUUGCGACACUGGAGGUUGUGUGUAAAACAAGAUUUUAACAUAUAUUUGACAUGGAAAACUUACACCUCAUUGCCAUUUUCACUCCCUUUAACUCAUUACCAGGUUUGUACUUAAUGUUGACUGUCAUCUAACAUUUCUAUUCUGACAGGCUGUGAUUCCGUUGUCUUGUAAAAGCAGGUGCAAACUCACUUAUUCACAUAAUUUUCUUGUGACUUUAUAAGUUGCUUUAUAACUCUCAGCUAUAGAAAGGCAGCGAGACUCUGGCAUGCAAUGGCCGACAAUAUCUGUGCACCUUUCAACCUGCAGGUUUCAUUAAGGGAGACUGCGUGACGCAUCAGUCAUGAUUAUUUGAUGAAGGUAUCGAUUACAGAGAUGAUCCACUGGUCAAAGGUAACAGUGGGAGCUCCAGGAUGAGGGGGAAGGCGUGUUGUUUUUUUUUCCGUCAGGAAGAUUACUGAAUGUUACCUGACUUCCGGAUGUCCAUCCAUAUCCACCCAGGCUCAGAGCGACCAAGUGUUGAUUUGUGAUCUGGACUGACAAGCUCAACUCAUCUGUGCAAGUGUGCUUGGCUGGGUCACUGCAUGAUUACGUGACCUUGCUACAGGUUCAUAACUCUUUCCUUAUCUUCAUGAUGGGAUUUUUUAUCGAGUCAAACAUAUUCUCUCUUCUUCUUUUUUUUUCCUUUUUCUUUUUUUUUUUUUUACAAUGGAAAAAAAAAAAACAUGACAGGAACAGUCACACAAAGUUUCAUUGCCAUGCAUAUCAGAUCGUUUGCAGUGCUCUUUUUUUGUGUCACAAGUCAAUACAGUAAAAUAUAUACGGUGAAUGAUUUUCAAUAGCUACCCACUCCUUGUAGUGCAGUGUAAUACCCUAGAGACAAUGCAAUAGAUUCUCCUUUUUGCUUUUCUGUUUGUGUAACUUGGGAAAUUGUUUUGUUUUUUUGUUUUUUUUUUUUCAUUUUUGUUUUUUUACAACUCAAGAGAAAUGCGCUCCUCUCCUUUUGGCAUUUGGACCUUGAUGAACAGCACAAAAAGAGCAGUUUUGCCUUCAUGCAAUGCUUUCUGUUUCCAUAGAUAUAACUGAGAUAAUUUUAGCCAGAGAGGAAUGUAAAUCAUAGGGGGAAAUAUAUAUUAUAUAAAGUUGUAUAAUAUACAAAAUAUAUAUGAACCAAUGUUAUUUAUGUGAAUUUAAGUCCAAUUAAAAGUCUGAUCCCAAAA